GCAGCCACCGGUUGGCAUUUCGCAACUGCCAUUUGCCUGUUUCUUUGCUUGGUCAACAAUUGGUAGCUGAAAUGCUAGCUUAUGCCUCUUGCAGGUCCCAAAUCCCAACCAUGUUUCAUCCAGCAUCUCAUUUCCCUUGAUAUGCAUGGAUGCCUCUUGAUCUUUGCUACCAGAGAUGGAUGCCCAGAGAGCCCUCACCUCGCUUCUGGGCCGGCUCACCACUGUCCUUGUCAACGAGGCACAGCUGCUUGGAGGCAUUCGGGGUGAUGUUGAGUUCAUCAAGGACGAGAUGGAGAGCAUGAAUGGUCUGCUCCUCCACCUCGCCGAGGCCAACCAUCACGACCACCAGGUGCGGGCGUGGAUGAAGCAAGUCAUUGGCCUGACCCGCGACUGCGACGGAAACGUCGAGCUCUACAUCCAGUAUGUUGCAGGUUCUGGCCACCAGACCACAGGCCUACUGGGCUACCUUCGGCGGAUCAUCCGAUUUGUGUGGACCAUCCCAGCUCGGCGCCGAGUUGCGACGCGGAUUCGGCAGCUCAAAGUCCGAGCGCGCGAUGUGGGUGACACGCGGAUGAGGUAUGGAGUCAUCGUGCCAUCUGCUGCUGACCAAGACGAUGCAAUAUUCAAUGCAAACUUCUUGGAUCCAUUGGUGGCAGGCGAAGAGGAAGAUGUUCAUAGACGCGCUCUAUCUGCAACAGACGUUGAACCGCCAGAUGAUGUGAAUAUUCUUGUAAAAGAAAGCAUCGAUCAGAUGAUCGAGUGGUUGAAGGAAGCACCUGUUUCUGUUGGAGAUCGUGAACCACAGCCGAGGAUCAUCCCUAUCCUAUGGAAUUCACACAAUCCAAAGGAAGAAGAAGACUUAGCAGUCCGUCUUGCACAAGAAGUGUACCAACAUCCCUCCUUGGUGGCCUCAUUUGAUUGCAAGGCCUGGAUACGCGUCGGAAGGAGCUGUGAUCUACACCAUAUAUUGCAGGAAAUACUUGUAAAAGUAGAACCCCUUCCAAUUCCAGAUGGAGAAGAAAACACACUGAGGACCGAUACGGAGCGCGCAUACGUACGCGCAUACAAAAAGCUGUUCGGCCCAGCCUGUUAGUAGUUUAGUAUGUCGUGGAGGCCCAUCUCAUUCGUUCUUUCGUAUCAGUCUCGCAGACCAGAGAUGAGGGGCCGUUCCCGCCGCAAGAGCCUACCAUCCAAGUGGGGGAUCCUCUGUCCUCCUCUUCUCGUCACCUCCCACCUCCAAAGAUGCAGUCGUUCCCUCGAGACUGACCAAGAAAGACUCGCCUGAAUCAACAGAUUGAAUCUCGUGGCAACUGAGAAUGAAGGAGGAAGCAGAUGCAGCAGAGCAGAAGAAGCUCAUGAGGGCCGCUCGUGGAGAGGCUUGAAUUGCGUCCUUGUCAAGUUGAAAAAUGUGCUUCUGCGCUGGGGGGUACUCUGCGACGACACCCAAGCAGAGCUGCUGCGAAGAUGUAUUCUGUUGCUCGACAAACACCGGGGGGAGCUCCUGCGGAUUGCCUGGACCUGAUCUCCGGUCGUCGUCAGUAGACAAUUAGCUUUCACUUUUGGCCCUUGCCUUUGGGUUUUGUAAUAAAAAGAACUUCAUGUAGGCUAAAGUGUUUGCUAGUUUCUGAGGCUGUUUAGACCUUCCAGUUAGUUCUGUUUCUAGUCUGCCUGGUGGUUGCCUGGUGUGGGCUGUGUGGGGAUCCAGCUGUUAAGCUUGUAUUCCGAAUCUGGUUUUCUUUGCUGCUUCAAUAAAAUGGGGCAGGGGGGAAACCC